AUGAAUAUGUUGGAUGAUGAAGAUGACCAAAGCUUUCACGCUACGCGUGACGGCUACUCCCAUUUGAGCGAUGUCGAAUGGGAUGCGGUUGAACGAAUGGGUUCGACCAUGGGCAUCCAUGCUGUUAGCGUCAUGCUAGAGGCUCUCAAUAGAGACGCCCAACAUGCUACUAUCGCCAAGUUCAUCCAAAAUGAACUUGACGCUGAACGCGAGAAAGUAGCCUUGCUUCACCAACAAGGUUCUCAACAAGCAGAGUUGUUGAGAGAACAGGGUGCUCAACAGUUUGAACUGUUGAGACAGCAGCAGGCUGCUGCUGGCGGGUCGAUGCACUCGCGUCGACCCGAGACUUUGAAGAUUGACAUCUCAAAGUACAGGGGGGUCGAAGAAGACUCCCUCUUGAGAUGGUUCGUCGAAUUGGAUGACGCCAUAAGGGCGCGUCGCAUCGAAGACGGGAUAUGCAAGUUGCAUUUGCCCAGUCAAAUCUGGCAGGACGUGCCAAGACUUGGGCACUGGGGCUCAAGCUGCACGACCCAUAUGCGUUUGGGUCGUUGGGAGUCUUCAAGUCGCGGCUCAGACAAACGUUUGAACCGCCUAGAGCUGAGAUCAGGGCUCGAACCGAACUCUUGA